AUUUUUCCUGGCUUUCAAAAGAGACCCAAACUUUCAAGCAACCGAGACUCUUCUCGCUCAUUCAAAUAUCUGAGACUAAAACCAGAAGUCAAAAAAUUUCACAAACUAUUAUACUCUCAUGACACUCUCUGCUCUUUAGAGAAAGCAACUUUUUGGUAUGGAAAUUCUCUCUUGUCAUUCUGCAACAUGUUGUCAUGUUCUAAAUUUGAGAGGGAAGUUGGUUGAGAAAAGCUUGAGUGUACAUCAAUCGCGGAAGUUUUCUGCGGAAAGAAAACCAAGAAAUUUACUUUUUAUAAUUGAUUCUAAGUGGGGAUCUUUGAGAUAUUCUAAUCGGAUUCAUUCUUGCCUAAAGAACGUUUCCGAUAGCCAAGCUUCUAGAUCAUUUAAUGCUCUUUAUGGCUUUCAGAAUAUUGAUUCAAGUGUUUUGAGUGAAAGCUACAAUCCUUAUGUAGUCAAUGGGGAUGAAGGUGUGAGGAAUGUUACUGAAAAGGAGGAAUUAAUAACUAAAGCCUUGAUUCCAGGUUUGCCGGAUGAACCGAAUGGUGAUUCUGGUGCUCCAAUUAGUAGUAGUUUUUGGGAAUGGAAGCCUAAACUCAAGGUUUAUUAUGAACAAUCAGGGAUUGAAAACAUAGAUUCCCCACCGGUGCUCUUUCUUCCUGGUUUUGGUGUUGGUUCCUUUCAUUAUGAGAAACAAUUGAAGGAUCUAGGCCGCGACUAUAGAGUAUUUGCACUGGAUUUUCUUGGGCAGGGCAUGUCUUUGCCAUUUGAAGAUCCCACUCCUCGGUCUAAGAAUGGAGAUGUAUCCGAAACAGACAACUUUGUCUGGGGCUUUGGAGAUGAAACCGAACCAUGGGCAAAUGAGCUUGUUUAUUCUAUUGAUUUAUGGCGGGACCAAGUUCUCCAUUUCAUAGAAGAGGUCAUUGGUGAACCAGUUUAUGUCGUGGGGAACUCACUUGGAGGAUUUGUCGCGCUCUACAUUGGAGCAUCUAACCCUCAAUUGGUGAAGGGUGUUACACUUCUUAAUGCAACACCGUUUUGGGGAUUUCUCCCUAAUCCUACAAGAUCUCCAAGACUAGCCAGGAUUUUUCCAUGGGCUGGGAGAUUUCCUCUUCCUGCCAGUGUCAGAAAGCUCACAGAAAUCGUAUGGCAGAAAAUAAGUGAUCCUAGAAGUAUAAGAGAGGUACUUAAGCAAGUUUAUGCAGAUCAUUCAACCAAGGUUGAUAAAGUCUUCUCUCGUAUACUUGAGAUAACACAACAUCCAGCAGCCGCUGCAUCAUUUGCCUCUAUGAUGUUUGCUCCUCAGGGAGAACUAUCCUUUAAGGAGGCUUUAUCUAGGUGUCAAAUGAAUAGCAUACCAAUCUGUCUCAUGUAUGGAAAAGAAGACCCUUGGGUAAAGCCUGUCUGGGGUCUUCAGGUGAAAAGGCAGCUGCCUGAAGCUCCAUAUUAUGAAAUCAGUCCUGCUGGUCACUGCCCUCAUGACGAAGUUCCCGAGGUAGUGAAUUAUUUACUGCGUGGGUGGAUCGGAAACCUAGAGUCCCAGGGUUCUGUUGUACUACCCCUGGUGGAUGACCUAGAUUGUAUUCAACAUGGCAUUGCCAAGGACUUGGAAUUUUCUAGAGAAGGAUCAAGAAAAUUGGUUAGAGUGAGGUUUUUUGGAUCCAGGUUCUCUUUUUGGAAUCUGAUAAGAUCGUUUAUGAAAUCCCGCUUCGGAGGUCCAAGAUUCAAUUCUCGAUAAUGGAGCCUACUUUGCCUUCAAUUGGCAGAAUUUAAAAUCUGAAAUGUAUAAUAUUUUUCAUGUCUUCUGAUUUGUUGAUGUAUCAAAGAUCAAUCUAAUCAUUGAAUUCAUGUUGUUGUAAAAUAUAUAGCAUUUGCUUUUGUUUUGAGCA